AUGAGCUCAAAUCCGGUCUCCGACCCGGCGCGGAUCCUCGCGCUGAUCGAGCAGCUGUGCGACCUGCCGUACACGGAGGUGCAAAGGCGGCUAAACAAAUACAUACAAGAUGCAACAAAUGCAAGGCUAGUCUUUCUCAUAUCAGUAGAAUCUGAGGAAAUGGUUAUCCAUGUAAUAGGUGAAGAAAUUUUGGAUAGAGAAUUGCGAUUUCUUAUAUCAAACAAUGUUUUGUACGAGGCUGUGAUAAAUAAAACAUCAUUAGCCCUGAGCGUUGCGAAGCUCGAUAAUGAGUUAUUGAGAUACAUUAAUAGAAUAACGAACGCAACGCCGCAAUCCCUCUUGACAAUCCCGAUACAACAUCCCUUCAAGCAUUACACGGCUUUGCUUGUGUGCCUGAUAGAUUAUGUGGAUGAAGAUGAAACUAGACAUGCUUGUAUAGAGGUAGUUCAAGAAUGCUUUAGGUUUUGCCUUGGAUACUUGCUCAGUUCGUUACGUUGCUACGAGGAAAGUCGUAUAAAGCAACAAUGUCAAAAUUUAUUAGCCGUUUCUAGGAAACUCUUCACAUAUUUGGGAGACUUUUCCGAUCUCUUGCGUGAGAUUAUGGCUGAGGUCAGGAAACUAACAAACGCAGAGAGAUGUUCUUUAUUUCUUUUGGAUCCUGAUCAACAAGAUUUGGUCGCUAAAGUAUUCGAUGGCAUUUCCACGGGAGAAACUAUGAGCGAGAUGAGAAUACCUAUUGGACAAGGUAUAGCCGGUCAUGUUGCGACUACUGGUAAAUUACUUAACAUUCGAGACGCUUAUAAUCAUCCCCUGUUUUAUCGUGGGAUAGACGAGGCGACAGGGUUUAAGACUAGAAAUAUUUUGUGCUUUCCGAUACGGGAUGAGAAAGGCAUUGUUGGAGUGGCUCAAUUGUGCAAUAAAAUAAACAGUUUAUAUUUUGAUGCUUUUGAUGAACAAAUCGCGACAGCGUUUAGUAUCUAUUGCGGCAUAUCAAUAAUGCAUAGUAUUGUUUAUAAAAAGAUGCAGGAUGCUCAAGCACGAAAUAAGCUCAGUAAUGAGAUAAUGAUGUAUCACUUGAAGGUGGAAGAAUCUGCUGUGCAAGCACUGUUAAAUUGCAGAGACGAUCACAAUAUUAAAGAUUUCAACAAGUUCCAUUUUAGUCCAAGAAAUGUACCUUACAAACAUAUACCUUGCUAUACUAUUAAAAUGUUUACAGAUUUAAAUUUUUUGAAUCAUUGGAGAAUCAAAAUGUCAACGCUUGCAAGAUUUAUACUGUAUGUCAAAAAAGGCUAUAGAGAUGCACCUUAUCACAAUUGGACACAUGCAUUUUCCGUGGCACACUUUGCAUAUCUGCUGAUAAAAAAUAUGCAGCUCAUUGAGGAAAAUUACAUGACACCCUUACAGGCUCUGGUGUUUCUUGUAUCGUGUUUAUGUCAUGAUAUAGACCACAGAGGAACUAAUAAUUCAUUUCAAACUCAGUGCGGCACCAUACUAGCGAGUCUUUACAGUUCGGAAGGAUCCGUUAUGGAGAGACAUCAUCUUGCACAAACAAUGUGCAUUUUAAACACCGACGGCUGCAAUAUAUUUGAAAGUUUGGAUAGCAAUGAGUAUAGCGAAGCUCUAGACUUGUUGAGGACCAAUAUACUUGCGACUGACCUAGCCACCCACUUUCGUAGCAUAAAGAGCCAGGAAGAAAUGAUUCGUAGUAAUUAUAACAAAGAUGAUUUGAAACAACGGAAGAUGUUAUUCGAAAUGCUUAUGACUUGUUGCGAUCUUAGUGAUCAAACCAAAGAUUGGAAACUUUCAAGGAAAACAGCGGAACAAAUAUUCGAUGAAUUCUUUUCGCAAGGAGAUCUAGAGAAAAGCAUGGGCAAUGCACCAGCCGAAAUGAUGGAUAGAGAACGUGCGUCGAUUCCCGAUCUCCAAAUACAAUUCAUUACUAAUUUGGUUAUUCCCGUCUUUACUAAUCUGUCGUUAUUGUUCCCAUCGGCGCUACCAUUGGUCCACGUACUACAAAAUAAUUGUUCACUAUGGGAAGUGGCUAAGACCGUAUUUCAAAAGUAUUCGACGAAUGGAACGAAAGGAAUAGACGUUUUGCUUGAUCCCAACUUUGAAGACGAAGUGCUUAAGAUGUUUGCUCAAAGAGAAUGUUCUGUGGAAAAUCCCAAUCAAUGCACAAAAAGCGGAGAAUAAUUCAUAAAAUUUAAAUAAGGUUUAAUAACAUUCAAUUUGAAAUUUACAUGUAAGGUAUCUGAUGAUCAAAAUGAUAACAAGAAUGAUUCCAUUCGUAAUAAUGUGAUAAAUCUUUUGCAACUUUAUUGUAAAAAAAUCGAUUUCACAGAUUAAUCUACUUUUCUGAGGAUAUAUUUAAACUUAAGCAAUUGAAAAAAAAAAAUCAAAAUGUGAUUGUAAAAGCAAUGAGCUUGUUAUAUUUAACGAGAGAAUAGAUGUAGAUAAUAUGUAUUUAAAUAAUUCAAAAAAAGAUCAAAUGAUUAUUAGAUGUAUAUUGUGCACUGCCAAUUUAAAUAAUUUAUACUGCACAUUACAUAACAUUGAUAAUUGUAUGCUGAAUUUAAAAAGUUUAAUCCAUAGUUUGCAGUUUAUUGAUGUAUGGAUGUGCAAAAAAAUUUAUUCAUAUCAGUGCAUAUACAUGUGAUUGUAAAUUGUAAAUUGUAAACAAUAUUAGAAACACGAUCUAUAUAAUUUAUAGUAUACAAUGUGCCUAGUUUACUGUAUAAUCAGUUAUUUUUUUAAAUAAUAGAGUUAUUAAGAAAGUUGUCGAAAGUUAUUUUGUUUAAAAAAAUAUGUAACAAACAAAAUGUUUUAAAUUAUUUUUUUUUAUUUUUAAUAAAUUUUAUUUUCAAAUUUUAUAAGAAAAUAGAUCUAUUUUAUUAUAAUUUUUUUAUGGUAUUUUAUGAAAUUUUAUAAUAAAAUGAUUUUUCAGUAGUUGCUUACGGGGGUAUUAUCACUUGUGUUGCUCUUAAUUGGGAAGUCAAAUAUUUUAAUAAAAAAAUUAUUUAAAAAGUAAUUUAAAACUUUUGUUUAUCAUUUGUAUAAAUCUUGCUAAACAAAAUUUUAUUCGAAAACAUUUUUUUAUAUAAACUAUUAUUUAACAAAUACUGAAUACAUUUAAACCAGACACAUUGUAUUAUAUAUACAGGGUAUCCUAUUUCAAUGGAAACAGUGAAAUAUCUUGCAAACAAAGUAAUUGACAAGAAAAUGUUUCAGACAAAAAUAUAUUAUACGGUCUAAAUAAUAGAAAAAUCAAUGUUAAAAAAAUUGAUUUUUCAAGACUACAUGAAGGACACUAUUUUCUAAAAUGGAAUUAGGCAAUUUGUUCACAUCAAAUAAUUCGCCCUGUUAUUCUAUAUACAAAAGUAACUAAAUUAAAGUUUAUAUAUAAAAUAUCUCAUAAAUUAUUGAUUUUUUGAUAAUACUAUUUUAGUAUUUUUAUACACAGAAUAAUUAUCAUGGAAAAAUCAUAUAGUUUAUAAUUAUAUAAAAAAUCAGUUUUAUUUAAAGAAAAAAAUAAUAAACAUUAUGUAGUCUUGAAAUAUAUAUCUAUUUUAAAUUGACUUUAUCAUUAUUUGUCCUCCCUUCAGACCACAUAAUUUUUAUCUAAAACAUUUCCCAAGAUAAUGCAUUAUUUAUAAGAUAAUGGCAGUUAAAAUGAUACCAUGAUGUAUAAAAUUAAUUCAAAGUUUUAUGUGGUACAUAUUAAAUCUACUAUUUUUAUGUAUUUCUCGAUUGAAUGUAUUAUUGACAAGAAUCUGAAUGUGAUAUAAAUUAAAUUGAGAGGUGCUGUUUAUACGCACUAGACAUGUAAAUAAGAGCGAGUAACAUUUUUAAUGGAACGUAACAAAAUAAAAAAUGCACACCAUUCAAUA